UAUACCAGUCAUUUCAAAGUUAAAAAGGUAAUGCAUUUCAAAAACCCUAGCAAUCUCUCGCUUAUAAAAUCUCAAAGCAACGCCACAAAAGCUCGGCGUAUCACAAACCCUAGGCGUUCACUGAAGGUAAGCGAAAAUGGCUGUACCGUUGCUGUCGAAGAAGAUUGUGAAGAAGAGGGUGAAGAAGUUCAAGAGGCCACAGAGUGACCGCAAGAUCUCUGUAAAGGAAAACUGGCGCAGGCCCAAGGGUAUUGAUAGUCGUGUUAGAAGAAAGUUCAAGGGAUGCACUCUGAUGCCCAACAUUGGGUAUGGUACUGACAAAAAAACUCGCCAUUUUCUUCCUAAUGGAUUCAAGAAAUUUGUUGUGAACAAUGUCAACGAGUUGGAACUCCUAAUGAUGCAUAAUAGGACCUACUGUGCUGAGAUUGCACACAAUGUCUCAACAAGAAAGAGGAAGGAUAUUGUGGAGAGAGCCGCCCAGCUUGACAUUGUUGUUACUAACAAACUUGCUCGGUUGCGCAGCCAAGAGGAUGAAUGAGUUUUGUGUCUUAAAUUGUUUUGUUUUGUAGCGUGCUUUUGAUUGGCAUUAUGACGAUUUGUAGCCAGAUUUUUAUACUUUUAAUUUAAAAGUUAACCAUACUCAUCAAUAUCAUUGAUACUGUA